AUGAUGUCGUUGGGCGUUGGAAUCUCUAUGAAUUGCUGCUUUUUGAGAAUGUCUCCUUCAUGCUAUGCACUGUCUUCUUCUUCAUCUUUAUCUUUUCCAUGUUCAUCCUUCAACUCCAAUAACCUCAACUUGAUUCCAAAAGCAUCCUCUCAAGAACUUCCUAAUGAAUUAGUUCAAGACUCAAAAUUUGUUCCUAUUAAGGAUGAUGAUCCAAGAUAUGGUCCACCUGCCUUGUUGUUGUUGGGAUUUGAAGCAGAUGAAAACUUGAAGAUUCAACAGUUUUUGAAAGAGUUAGACGGUGAAUUUAUGAAGGUUAUCUAUUGUACCAAAGACAUGCUUACGCGUUCACUUUGGGAGGUAAUGCAUACAGCACAAGAUAGUUUGGAAGAUGUCAAGAUAGACAAGUCACUUCCUCGAAUAUGUUUCUUAUCUGGUUUAAGCGGAGAGGAGAUGAUGAUGUUUGUUGAUGCUUUCCAAGAAACCGGACUAAAGUCAGCUGCAUUUGCAGCUCUUGUUCCCAACAGUGCUAAUAAACCACUAUAUGAGUUGAUAGAAGAAAUCACUGGAGAUCAUGAGAUGUUGACUGGAGAACAGUUGUGA